UGCAUUUGAUCGAGAUCCGGCCAUGUAGAUUUUAAGGUCAUUCAAAAGACCGGCGGGACUUUUUUCAAACGCUAUCAGACGGGCAAAGCAGUAGAAAGGGUAAUAGAAGGGUUUGUAGGGUUUUUCCAGAUCGAUUCAUGGAUGGAGAGGGGGCAAGCAGUGGCGGCAUCGAUGGCAUGGUAAAGGGAAAGAUCGCUCUCGGCCCUCGCGAAGCAUCUGCCUCUGUUGAUCUCACAGAUCGCGUCCACCUUCUCCCUUGUGUUAUCAAGCACGACGGUGCUUGUCCCGUGUCCCAGUACUUCAAACCGCGAAAGUCGGACAUGGUAGCUGAUGGCUUGACGGUGGAGGAGGCAUUCUUCAGGGGGAGGAAGCUCCAUGGAGUUACUGUUCCAAUCCCCAAUGGUUACCGAGGGUACGUAUUGGAGAAGAAGAAAAUCAAGGAAGGGAGGUGUUCGGAGGUUGCGGAGGGUGAAGCAAACAAUUGGGCUUCUCGUGCGGAGUUUCAAAACAUAACUUACUGGAAUCAUGAUAUUCUCCCUUCAAAGCAUGAUCCAAUUGUGCGCAGCUUCCAUUGGUUUGCUGUUUCUGAUGCCCUGAAUAAACCUAUCUCAGAAGAAGAGUUGGCUUCAGUUUCUACUGUUCCAGAUCGUUGAGAGCAAAGACCUACAUGUCGUCCUGGUUGGGUACCCAUGCUUUACUCGGACGGACUUUGCUCACCCACGCCCACCCAUAGUGACUUUUGGGAUGCCGUACCCACCUAUACCUACUCACUUUUAAUGGUCUUUGAAGGCAGUCUGCCACGGACUGAUGACCUUAAGGCUUGUUGUCCUUUGCUCUGAUUGCAAACUUUCAAGCCGCAUAUAAGAAUUUACUGUAGUCGCAGCAUAGUUAAGUGUUGCACACUACGUAGUGAGGAUUGCAGUAAUAUAAGAUAUACGGUGAUUAGAUAUAUGAAUCUAUUUAUCCCCCUAUGUAGAGUACUCACCCCUAUGGGUGAGUAAUUGGGUGGGUGUGGGUAUGGGUGCCCAGGGCUAUGGUCGAGAGAUAAAAAAUUGAAAUAUCAAAAUUUGGAAUCUCUAGUUUUCUCCUUGACCUUUUUCUGCUAUGAUAUUCACUUUCAGAACGUUUUUUUUCUUU